UUCGCGGGCCAGCAGUCAUCAAGAGCAGAGGACACCCAGAAGCUAACGGACACCAUGCCGGGACACCAAGUGCCACAGCGCGUCGCGGCCAACUCCACCAAGGCUCCAGAGGUCUUCCAGGCAGGCAACCUGCGACCUAUAAUCACUGAAUAUGAUUCCAAGAAGAGAGGCUGUCGAACAGAACUUGCAGACCUUGUUCUUAACAAAUAUAAAUGUGAUAAAAAUGAUGUUCCCAUCACUGUUGCUGCUGGAUCAACUACUCCACUUGUUGAAAAGCCUGCCAAUGAUGAGGAGCUCGGUUAUAACCCCUUUGAACAUCGUGACCAUCCACAUCCCACCACUGACUGUGAGACACUAAUACAUUUGCUAAAGGGAAGUCUUGGAUCAGGAAUCUUGGCAAUGCCUCUGGCAUUCUACAAUUCUGGUCUCCUGUUUGGCCUUGUUGCAAUUUUCAUUGUUGGUUUUGUCUGCACAUACUGUGUACACAUACUGGUGAAAUGCGCACAUAUCCUAUGUCGUAGAUCCAAAGUUCCUACGCUUGGCUUUUCUGAAGUAGCUGAAGCAGCAUUUUUGACAGGACCACCAGUUUUGCAGAAGUUUUCGGGAAUUGCAGCGGGCUGCAUAAACACAUUCCUGGUGAUUGAUUUAAUAGGAUGCUGCUGUGUCUACAUUGUUUUUGUUGCAAAAAAUAUUAAACAGGUUGUUGAUUUCUACUCAGAGACUGAGUGGCCUAUUCAGUACUACAUGCUGAUAAUGGCUCCUGUACUGAUCCUAAUCAACUGGGUUCGAAAUCUGAAAUACCUCUCUCCUUUCUCAAUGCUGGCAAACAUACUGAUCAGUAUUGGAUUAGGAAUUACCUUCUACUACAUCUUCAGUGAUCUGCCUUCCAUCACCAACAGUGGCCUUCCUAAUUUUUCAUCAUGGGGACAACUACCGUUGUUUUUUGGAACUGCCAUUUUUGCCUUGGAAGGAAUAGGAGUGGUAAUGCCACUCGAAAACAGUAUGAAGACACCGACACAUUUUAUUGGCUGCCCAGGUGUGCUCAAUAUUGGUAUGGCAGUUGUAGUGUCCCUUUACACAGCUGUCGGCUUCUUUGGCUACCUUAAAUAUGGUGACAAGACUGAAGGCAGCAUAACACUGAACUUGCCAACAGAAGAAGUACUGGCCCAGUCAGUUAAGGUCAUGAUAGCGGUGGCAAUUUUCUUCACAUACGCACUGCAGUUCUACGUGCCCUUCGAGAUCAUCUGGAAGGCGACAAAACAUCGUUUUGGUUCCCGCAAAACCAUUGCUGAGUACAUACUGAGAACGAUCCUCGUUAUCUGCACAGUGGGUGUAGCAGCUGCUGUGCCAAAUCUAGGACCAAUAAUUUCAUUGGUGGGUGCUGUGUGUUUAUCAACCCUUGGCCUGAUGUUCCCUGCCAUCAUUGAAUUGGCCACCUACUGGGAAUCUCCUGGACUGGGGAGUUAUUACUGGCGUCUCUGGAAAAACGUGUUGAUCAUUCUGUUUGGAGUACUUGGGUUUGUCACUGGAACCUGGACAAGCAUACAAGAAAUUGUCGAAGAGAUGUAAGGAUGUGAGAUAUUAAGGGAGAAUUACUGUGGGAACUGCCUCACACAUCCUACAUCCGUCCGCAUGCAAAGGUUGUGGGAGGCUAAUCUCAGUAGUCAGUAAACAGAGGCGGAUUCAGAGCUUUGUCUACCUAGGUGCAGGCACCACAGGGUAGUUACAGAGUUGGUAUGUGAUUUAUUAAAACCAACUGUGGCACUGGCAUUCCCUGCCAUAAGCCCUUUUGGGUGUGCCAUUUCCAGUAAUUUGGAAGAGAUAGACUGUUAACAUAGAUAUACAUGCCUAUUAGACUGCAGAGCUUGCCAUAUGGUGCUAAUGUUUUAGUUAGUGUUAUAACCAUGUGGCAAGCGAAGAGGGAGCUUUAUUAGUGAUAAUGAGUUAGCAAAGAGUGCCUACAGGAAGAACUAGCUGUUUGCUGUAAUGUGUUGAACACGUUUAAGCAAAUUUAUCUAGUCAUAGCCCACAAGCAAAUUUAAUUUAUAUAAUGUAAAACUGCAUUACAUGCAUUAGAAAACUGCAACAUCCAUUUCUUUUUGCAUUGCAGUUAACGGGCUAUGCAGUAAUAGUAAGGGAACAGAGUAAUCCAAAACCAUUUUGGAGUUAAGUUAAUGCAGCAACAGCUUUGUACCAAACAUGACAAACUUUUAAAACCAUUGUUUGUCAUGCACUAUAGUCUGUUCCAAUGCAGUCUUUCACUGAGCCGCAUUCUGUUAAUGUUAUUAAUUGUUUCCGUAAAUAAGAUACGAGUUAUUGUGUAAGGUGCUAUCUCAAAUGUUUUUUAUUGUUAUUUAACAAAUGUGAAUGUAAUAAUAUGUAGAUAUAGCAUGUAAAAGUUGUAAAUUUUAUUGGAUUGAAGAGUAACCUAUUUUACUCUUCUUAAAUGCAGUAUUUGUAUACAUAAAUGGAAAGAUAAUUUUUAAGUGUUUUUGCACAGGUGGGUGGGUUGGAAAUGCUGAAUAGUGCCACACAACUAACACAGAGUUUGAUAUCAGCUUUCUCAGUGUGCUUUCUUAGAGAACUGGCAUGAUGUACAACUGCAGAGUGUGAAAGAUUUCCAAUAUUGUUCCUGCUUUUGUUUCUAUUCAUGUAUAAUGUGUAUGCUGCUAUUGCAGUUCAGAGAUUAAUUUACUUUGAUUUCAUACAAUGACAUAAGAACAAUUUAUUCACAUUUUACAAAGAAACUGACAUAAGAAACAUAUGUCUCUAAAAUUGAAAUUAACUCAUUUCACCUGUUACAACAACUUUGCAAAAAUUGUCAAGAAAUUUAAGAAAGGUUAAGCUCAGCAGUUAAUAACGAAGCCAACUGUGAUAAAUUGUACAAUCUAAGUGAGGAAUAUUAUCUGAUAUUUUCGACAAACACUGUAAUGUACAAAGCAGUUAUAUUUUAGUAGAUAUAUUUUUGUAAUGCUGAUGCUUUAAACAAAGUUCCAAAAUUUAAUGAUGGAUAUGAGAAACUAUAUUUAAACUGUUUCACAGCUUUAUACAUUUUUUUAAAUUUCAAUGAUGCUCAACAUACUAUUUUCAAAAAAGCAUUUGUGUAUUGAAUAAAAUACUGUUUGAAAUCAGAAUCAGCAAAAGUGAUAAAACUUUUCAGUGAUGUUCGCUGGUUUCUGUGGAUUAUUAUUGGUCACUAAAAUUCUUAAUUAUACAAAUCUCUGCUGUAUAAAAGCACAAGCAACUUCUGUUAUGUAGCACUAUUUUUCAAUUUACUCUGAAUACUGCUAUCAUGAGAUUCAAGCAAAUUAUUGAAUCGAUUUACCAGUGGUUCUAGUAAAACAGAAGUGAAAAUAAAACAUUUUUCAAGUUAGAUUUCCAUGAAGCUUUUACAUUUUUAAUACUUUCAAGUUUUUGAACCAUUACAUGCAUACUGCAUGAUAAAAUCUUAUGACACCAAGUUAUGUUAUGCUGUUGCAUACAAAAUAAUAGUAUUUUCUGCACAGGUAGUUUUUUACAAUGAACAACACAUUUCAGAUAUUUAUUUUUAAUACUUGCACCACAUGGAAACCAGCUUCCUCCGUUUUAGUUGAAAUAGGGUACCAUAUUAGCCAAUAGAUUUUCUUUGUACUUUUGAAACAAAGUUCCAUUGUUUGAUUGAUACUGUUGUUAAGUUUUCAUGUAUGAGUGAAAGAGGCUGUUGCUUCUUUAUGCCAUAUUUAUAGUGUAGAUCUUUUUCUUGGUAGUCUAGUCCCAUUCAUUGUGUUAUUUUGCAUCCUGUGUGUAUACUGAAUGUUCCUGGCAAAGUAUUUUGCUCAGAGCUCAGGAAUGUUUUUUAGGUGUAUUAAGUGGUACAGUGGCAGUCAUGCCAAAUGUUUGACAUUGAAGGUUAUUGAUAGUUGCGGGGUGUAAAUUAUUGGAAUGCUGUGUGAUUGUAAGGUGGUGCUAUGAGUGAAAGAAAUAUGAAAAACGUUUUAGUCUGCAAAAAAUAUCUGCAGCUUACCAAAAAGAAUGUAAUUUAUUGUUAAAAGCUUCAUAAUAUUGUGCCUAUCAGCUGUACUUGUAACUUAUUGAACAGAUAUUCAGUGGAGAUUACAUGACAGAAUGUGCAACAUUCAAUUGAUCAUGUAUUUGUGUUACACUUACUAGCAGUUCAGAUCUGACUGAAUAUUUAUCAGGGACAACAUACUUUUUUCUUUUCUUCAAAACUUAAAAUUGUCUUUGUGAGUUUUUAAUUUCUCUAUUCAUUUUUUUAAAAUCUGCAGAUGUACUGAUGUGACAUAAUACAUAUUAUUUUACAAAAA